AAUACUCGCACGUCUUAAACAUCAUCAACACGCUCAUCUCACAUGCUAAUCCAAACAUAUUUAGACAGAUUAUCACCUACUCAGAUUAUCAAAGGAGGGUGAAGGGUCACUUUCUCCAGUCAAUCCACACAUUCUCUCACACGAGGAGGAAUUGAUUUAAAAGACCGACUCAAGUGGUUCUGGAUUGGAUCAUUUUUCUGAAGCAUGUCUCAGAGGAGUAAAACUUCUUCAAAAGAAAGCUCCUCGGGUCCUACAUCCACAUCAGAUGCUCAUCCUCCACGCUCUGCUCUUCGAAGCUCCUCCAAAGACUCGAAAAACUCAGGUCACAGGGAUUCAUCUGGCAGUCAAGGACGGCGCGGCAGUAGAUCUUUCAGCCAGAACUCAGCUAUCGCUGCAGCAUAUACACAGUACCUCAAUGCUCUCUUUGGACAGGACAGAGAUUUACUGCCAGAGGAACUAGAUGAGCUGCAUGUAGCAUUUAAAGAGUUUGACUAUGACCAGGAUGGCUAUUUGCACUACAAAGAUGUUGCAGACUGUAUGAGAACCAUGGGAUACAUGCCAACAGAGAUGGAACUGAUUGAGAUCAUUCAGCAGAUAAAAAUGAAAUGGGGAGGUCAUGUGGACUUUGAUGAUUUCUGUGAAUUAAUGGGGCCCAGGAUGCUGGCUGAAACCGCUCAUAUGGUGGGUCUAAGAGAGCUGCACUGCGCUUUCAAACAGUUUGACUGUGACGGUGAUGGACGGAUCACCUUUGAGGAGCUGAAGGAGUCCACAAAGACGCUACUCGGGGAGAAACUGAAGAAGGGAGAACUGGAAGAAAUUCUGACAGACAUCGAUCUCAACGGAGAUGGGAACGUGGACUUUGAUGAGUUUGUCAUGAUGCUGUCUCUCCGAUAGCUGGAUGUUUGAUGGUUUUUCCUGUCCUACCUGAGCGCUCAAUCACGGAUCAUCAAACCUUUCAAUUAAGUUAAUACGUAAUAAGUAUAUUUGUAUAAAACAAGGUCUGAAGCUCUGUGAGAAUAUUCUGGUUAUUUGAUGCAGGGUGGUGGAUGAUUUAAGAGCAGGGGCCCAUUUCACAAAGUAGGUUAAGUGAAAACUCUGAGGUGCCUGUGAUAUUAUAAAACUGAUAAGAAUUACAUUUGUAUCGAGUCUGAAGUAAGCAGACGGCUUUUUGGCGGGAGCUGUUGCCAUGGUGAAUCGUAAUAUCGGCGCUCCAUUGGUAAUGGCUUUUUAUAGUUGUGGUGCACGCGCUUAACUCAGAGUCAGUCAAUUUAGUGUUGAUUAAACCAGCUCAUUUCAGCUGUUCUUUAACCGAAUACUCAGAUUCUCCCAUCCCAGGGUAAGUCAACUCAGAGUUCAAGUUUAAAAUCAGAGUUUGGUUGAACCUCCUUAGUGAAACAAGCUCCAGGACAACGAUGCUGCUAUGAAACAUGCUGCUGUUGUACAACCAGUGACGCUGCUGCCACCUAGUGGAGGAUAUAGGUAACGAUAAUAAUAAUAAGUUCUUUCGAAUAUUAAUAAUAAAAAAUGUUAUUUGUUGAUUAUUAUCUAAUAAUCGUAAGAAUAAUAAGAAAUUAGGCUCCAGCAUACUUGUGACCAUACAUAGGUCAAAUUGUUUAUGUGAUAGUUUGUACUUAUUGUCAGUAAGGAGAAAAUAAAUAAUAAUAAAUAAAUAAAUUGGACUCCAGCAUCCUGCAAUCCAACAUAAGACAAUUGUUUUGGAAAUAUGAAAAAUAUUUUAGAUGGUUGGAUAGAUGAUGAUGAUGAUGAUGUUAAUAAUACAA